UGAGCAACGUGAGGCGCAACUGAUCGCAACGAGCGACACAUAGCAUCGCCCAAGCCACAAUGCCACCCGCGCCGGCGACGGCCACGGCGGCGGCGGCGGUGCUGCACCUGGAGCCCUUCCUCCCUUGCCUGACCACGUUCUCACACUACAAGCAGUUCCACGCGCAGCUCAUCACCUCGGCCCGCCUCUACUUUGAGCCCUCCCUCCGAGCCCGCUUCCUCGACCGCCUCGCGCUCUCCGCGCACGCCGCGGCGCUGCCGCACGCCCUCCUCCUCCUCCGCUCCCUCCCGUCCCCCGCCACCAACGACCUCAACGCCGCCCUCCGGGGCCUCGCCGCCUCCCCGCACCCCGCGCGCUCGCUGCUCCUCCUCGCCGGCCGCCUCCUCCCCUCGCCGUCCCCGCCGCGGCCCCGCCUCGACGCGCUCUCCCUCUCCUUCGCGCUGAAGGCCUCCGCCCGGUGCUCCGACGGGCCCGCCACCCUCCAGCUCCACGCGCUCGUCCUCUGCCUCGGCUGCACGGCCGACGUCCGGCUGAUCACCACGCUGGUCGACUCGUAUGCGAAAUGCGACGACCUCGCGUCCGCACGGAACGUGUUCGAUGGAAUGACCGUGCGCGACGUGGCCUCGUGGAAUGCACUGCUUGCUGGGCUGGCUCAGGGGACUGAGCCUACCCUGGCCCUGAAGCUGUUCCACAGACUGGUAGGGAGCUUCCGGGAGCUGCCACCAAGGGAGGCACCCAAUGAGGUGACCAUGGUUGCCGCGCUUUCUGCGUGUGCACAGAUUGGCUCGUUACAGGACGGGUUGUAUGUGCAUGAGUUUGUUCGCAAAAUGGGCGUCAGCGGCAAUGUUCGUGUUUGCAAUGCACUUAUUGACAUGUACUCCAAGUGCGGUUCAUUGGCCCGGGCGCUGGAAGUGUUCCACUCCAUCAAACGAGAAGACCGGACACUUGUGUCAUACAAUACUGCGAUACAAGCAAUUUCCAUGCAUGGGCAUGGGGGUGACGCACUAAAGUUGUUUGAUGAAAUGCCGACAUCUAUUGAGCCGGACGAAGUGACCUACAUCGCUGUGUUGUGCGGAUGCAACCAUGCUGGGCUCGUGGAUGAUGGCCUCAGGGUUUUUCAUGGCAUGAGGGUUCCUCCCAAUGUAAAGCACUACGGCACUGUUGUGGACCUUCUUGGCCGUGCAGGCCGCCUUGCCGAGGCAUAUGAUACCAUUAAGUCCAUGCCGUUUCCUGCAGAUAUUGUCCUCUGGCAGACAUUGCUGGGUGCGUCCAAGACGCAUGGUGAUGUUGAGCUCGCGGAGUUAGCUGCUACAAAGCUUGCCGAGCUUGGUUCAAAUGUUGAUGGUGACUAUGUGCUCCUCUCUAAUGUAUAUGCGUCAAAGGCACGGUGGGCAGAUGUUGGUCGAGUCCGUGAUACCAUGCGAAGCAAUGAUGUGCGGAAAGUACCUGGCUUCAGCUACACAGAGAUAAGUGGUGUAAUGCAUAAGUUCAUUAAUGGUGAUAAAGAGCACCCAAGGUUGCAGGAGAUUUACAGAGCGCUAGAGGAAAUUGUAUCAAGAAUAGGUGAGCUGGGAUAUGAGCCAGAAACAAGUAAUGUGCUUCAUGACAUCGGGGAGGAGGAGAAGCAGUAUGCAUUGUCUUAUCAUAGCGAAAAGCUGGCCAUUGCAUUUGGGCUGAUUGCCACGCCACCUGGGGAGACCUUGCGGGUGAUAAAAAAUCUCCGAAUAUGUGGGGACUGUCAUGUAGUGGCAAAACUCAUAUCUAAAGCCUAUGGCCGAGUGAUUAUAAUCAGGGAUAGAGCAAGAUUCCAUCGGUUUGAAGAUGGGCAGUGCUCUUGCGGCGAUUACUGGUAAAACACUGGUGUGUGUAAUGAUUUACAGGGGCUGAUGGAGUUGAUAAUGAGCCACUGACUUCACAGGAUCAGCGGACUACAGGUUUGUCGGGAGUUCAUACAAACCCAGCUUGCUAGUGUGGCUUCAUAUGAUUCAACUUUCAUUUGAGAAGAAUCUUGCAAGUGAACUCAACUCCACAAGCUUGAACUUUACUCUGUGUUUGUGUUACUUACAUGAGCGAUCACUGAGAGGCUAUCAGAUAUUACACCUACAAGAUGUAAACCGAUAAUAGCUUUGCACUAGCGUUAUUCUAGUGUGCCAUUAAAGAGAGCAACCAGCACUCUGUAGACGGCUUAUUCAAUUCGAAGUUGCCACUGGUGAGGCAUUCAAUGUUUUGUCGUUGGCUGCACAGAGACAGCCUUAAGGAAGAAUGGGAGAAAUUCAUUGAGAAAUGAGUAGAUCUGUAGAUAUGAUGCAUCCAACCAGAAGUAUUCUGCUCUUGUAAAGUGGGGGAGAAUAGAGGUUAAAGGGGCAAGAAUGAAAUGAAUGUGAGGAAAGGAUGAUCACUCUCAAAGCUUCAAUAUUCAGAGUUGAUGCAAAGCCUCUGGUCUUCCAUGCUCCUGCUCUUUCUCUGAAGUCUUGGUUGUCCAGAAAUGGCGCAACUGAAAUGCCUUCGAAGACAUUCACAUGGAUCGAGUGCCACCUAUUGCUUCGGGUUGUCAAAGCUCCCCAUUGGCUCUUAACCAACUGGCUUAACACCUACCAUAAUCAACAUUGGUGUCGUCAAUUGUAAGCUUAUCCCCUGUCACCAGAGCUACUGCUUAUGCAGUGCAUUCCGCCCUUGUGUAAGUUCAGUUAUGAAGAGAUUGUAAAAGUACGUUAAAUGAAGUUUGGGGUCUUAUGUUACUGGGCUGAAACCAUCUGUCCCUGAAAGCUAAUGCAGCUCCUCUACUUUAAUGGAAGAGAGCCUGGAGCAUGUGGAGCAGUGGAGGUGACCGCAUCAGAUGUGCAUCAGGCUUGAGUUCAUGACACUAAACCUGAUAAGAUCCUGUGAUCUCAUAGUUACUGUCGAUGCUGUGCAAAUUAUACAGUGAGAAAUGUUUGGCUGAACCAUGCACCUCCAUGGGCCUCGAAUGUUCAAUGCUUAUUCCGGACAUGUGCCGCUAAGCCAUUCUACCACACCUCUAUAUUCAGGCAGCUCCAUUUUAUCCGUGCAACUUUAAACAAUCUACUCCACCUAUAAAUUCAGGUGCUGCUAUUCUAUCCGUUCAAUCUUUCACACAUAUUUGUAACGUUCAGUCUUUAUCAAAUGUUUCUAAUAUUUUUAUCCAAGAUGGACGGGCACAGCAAAUCACGUCUUGCAGUCUCGGUCUUUUGUUAUGCAUGCAGACAGAAAUUUACAUGAUUCCUGGAGAGAGUGCACAUGUUAUUUGCA